AUGGCUAAAGGGCUAGGGACCCAGCAAGCUGCACCCCGGCGAUGGGUCUGCUUCUUGGCUGCCCUGUCACUGCUGUGUCUGGCUGUCCAAGCAGUCCAGAAGGCAGAUACCAUCGGGGAUCCCACGGUGGCUACCAUCAACCACUCGCACUUACUGCUGAAGCGACUUCAAGAGCUUCUGCUCAAUGGAAACACCAGUGACACCACCCUGAGGGUCCACACGGCUGGCUCUGAUGAAAUUAAAGUCUUCAACACCCACCAGCUGAUGCUCAGCUUGCAAAGCAAGACCUUUGAGACUCUGUUGCAGAACCAGACUGUGCUUGAUUUGCACGAGCCACCCGACAACGUGGCCCUUUUUGAAAAGUUCAUUCGGUAUCUGUAUUGUGGCGAGAUCUCCAUAUACCUCCACGAAGCCAUCCCACUUCAUCGUCUAGCCAGUAAAUACCACGUGUCCAGUUUGCAGCGAGGGAUAGCUGAGUACAUGAGGGGCCACUUGGCUUGUGAAUCAAGCCAAGGGCAUGUGGUGGGAUGGUAUCAUUACGCAGUGGGGAUCGGUGACAAGGCUCUGCAGGAGAGCUGCCUCCAGUUUCUGGCCUGGAACUUCUCUGCUGUCAUGAGUAGCCCCGAAUGGGCCUCUGUAAGCCUAGAUUUGCUACUACUGUUGCUUGAAAGAUCUGACCUGGUCCUCCAGAGUGAAUUGGAGUUGUACGCAGGUGUAGAGAAGUGGGUUACCACAUAUCAGCCUGAGGACCCUGUAGUGGAGAAGAUCCUGAGAUCCUUGCGGUAUCCUAUGAUCUCCCCCAGCCAUCUUUUCCACCUGCAAAAACAAUCUCCGGUGAUGGUGAAAUAUUACAGCACUGUGCAAGAUCUGCUCUUUCAAGCCUUCCAGUUCCAUUCAGCUUCCCCAAUCCAUUUUGCCAAAUACUUUGAUGUCAACUGCAGUAUGUUCCUGCCCCGUAACUACCUCUCCAUCUCUUGGGGGUCCCAGUGGGUGAUUAAUAACCCUGCCCGAGAUGAUCGUAGUACCAGUUUCCAGACCCAGCUGGGCCCCAGCAACCAUGAUUCUGCCAAGAGAGUGACAUGGAACGUCCUCUUCUCUCCUCGCUGGCUCCCAGUGAGCCUGCGUCCUGUCUAUUCCGACUCGGUCUCUGGAGCCAUCCAACCUAUCAGAAUCGAGGAUGGACGCCCCCGUCUGGUUAUCACUCCAGCCACCACCAGCUCAGAUUUUGCAGGUGUCAGUUUCCAGAAGACCAUUCUGGUGGGCGUCAGGCAGCAGGGCAAACUCUUUGUCAAACACACCUAUAACUUCCAUCAGAGCACAGAUGAAGUUGCCGAUUUCCUGAUAUAUGCUGACUUGCAAAAGCGCACCUCUGAAUACCUGAUUGACAACUCUUUGCAUUUGCAUAUCAUUAUCAAACCCAUCUACCAGUCACUCAUCAAGAUCAAAAAGUAG